AUGCGUUCGUCUCUGGAGCUCUUUCAAGCCGCUGCUGAAUGGAUCAUUGUGUUAGCUUUCUUCUUCCUGAACAUUUUCCUCGUUAAGGAAACCUACAGGGCCUUGAAAUGGAGAUUUGAGAAAGAUGCCUUGAACGAAGACUUUGAAAAGGUUGCUACCAAGUUGAAAUUGUGUUCAAGCUUUGAGAUACUCAUUUAUAUUGUUCAUGGUGUAAGAUAUUUUUCUUUAAUGGAUCCUUCUUGUGAUAUGCCACAAGGUAGAGGAGAUUUGAUCCGGCUUUCUGGGCUCUGUUUGUGCUUACAAUUAGCUUUUGUGCUGCUUGAAAGCCUUGGAGGAAAAUCGACAGAUACCGGUAAGUUUUUGUUUAAUGGUGAUUUUUUUGAUGGUAUCUCAGAGCAAAUCUUUGAAAAAUCUAUUUAAAAGAGAUUUUCAGCCAUCUCCGACUUCGCAGACCUCGAACUCGGCAUCCCGUCGCUUUUCAAGCAGAUCGAAGGCUCGGAAUGCAUCAUCUGCCUCGAGGCCAUUGA